UAGCAUAAAGUGGUAUAAGUAGAAUGUUCGUUAUUUCCGUGUGAGACAAGCAUAAAAACUAUGCCUCUCCGUACAGGUCUUGAUCCACAGAUAGUUAUCAUUGGAUGUGGAAUAUCUGGAAUUGGAGCUGCUCAGAAAUUGACACAACAUGGCUUUCGUAACGUACGUAUACUUGAGGCAACCGACAGAAGCGGUGGGAGAAUAAAAACCGGCCAACUAGGUACUAAUAUAGUGGAAAUAGGCGCCAAUUGGAUCCAUGGACCAUGUAAAGAGAAUCCUGUGUUUCGCCUGGCCUGUCAGUACCAGCUCCUCGACAAUGAAGCCAUGUCUGAGGAGAACCAGUCCGUUGACUGUGGUGGGCAUCCACCUUUCGUACCCAACUGGUUCUGCAGCUCAGGCAGGAAAGUUGGACCUGAGCUUAUGCUGCCUGCAAUGUCCAUGUAUGCGUCUGUGCUGGAGAAGAGCCAAGAGUUUCAGCAUAUUGGUGGGGAACCCGUGCCCAGCGUAGGGGAGUUUAUCAAGAGUGAAGCUUCUCGCCUAGCCCAGGAGGAGUGGAGAGAUGACCAGGUGGUCCGAGAGCUGAGACUGGCCAUGGUUAACACGUUGUUAAAGGCAGAGUGCUGUGUCAGUGGAACUCAUACGAUGGACGACGUGGGUCUCGGAGCCUUUGGGAUGUACAAAACCCUCCCAGGAUUGGACUGCACUUUCCCACAAGGUUAUGAUGGAUUAAUUGAGCACAUGAUGAAAGAACUUCCAAAGGAUAUAGUCUCCUACAAUAAACCAGUCAAAUGCAUUCACUGGAAUGGCUCUUAUGAUGGGUCCAGUGCAGGAAAGACCACAUGCCCUGUAGUGGUUGAAUGUGAGGAUGGGGAAACCUUCCCGGCAGACCAUGUCAUCAUCACCAUUUCACUCGGUUACUUGAAAAAGCAUCACCAGACACUUCUCAGUCCCCCGCUGCCACUUCAUAAAGUGCACUCCAUUCAGAGAAUGGGCUUUGGCACCAACAAUAAGAUCUUCCUGGAGUUUGAGCAGCCGUUCUGGGAAGAAGAUUGUGAGGCAAUCUUCCUGGUGUGGGACGACGAGGUUGGCCUCACGGAUGUCGUGGCUGAUGUGAAAACGUCCUGGGCCAGGAAACUGUUCGGGUUUACCGUUUUGAAGCCUGCAGAGAGAUAUGGACAUGUACUUUGCGGAUGGAUUGCUGGACAUGAAUCUGAAUACAUGGAAACUCUCUCUGAGCUGGAAGUACUACAUACUGUAACACAACUCAUCCGCAAGUUUACAGGAAACCCAACCAUUGCUCCCCGGAAGCUAGUGCGAUCCCAAUGGCACAGCCAUCCUUACGCAUGUGGAUCCUACACUUACAUAGCCAAGGGCUGCUCAGGGUGUGAUAUCAGCAACUUGGCAGAACCCCUUCCCCCGGGAGACUCACAAACAAAGGCGAUGCAGGUGUUGUUUGCUGGGGAAGCGACACACAGUUCUUUCUUUUCCACCGUGCACGGAGCGCUGCUCACAGGGUGGAGAGAAGCUGACCGCCUCAUCUCAAGCUAUGCUCCAACCAUUCCAGGGCCAGCAUCUUCCAAACUGUGAGGGAGAGGACUGUACUCACCAUUUAGAGAAUUCAAACUGAGAAGACCCUCUCUCGUGCCUUAUUUUACAACGCAAGGGUUUUCCUUUAUCUCGAAAAUCUUGAAUCAAGAAAAAAAAAAAGAAAGAAAGAAAAGGUUUUAUAGUUGACAAUGACUGGAAUUGUUGAAGUUUUACAAGAAUAUUUUGCUAAUUCGUUCUUAUUCCGUCCAGCAGAAUUGCUUUUCCAUUCACAUUCAUUCAGAAUUUCAAAUGGACUUUGUUUAUUACGCAUUAAAAUGAUUUAAGUAGGCUGGUGAGGUUUCAGGUUAGUUUAACGCUGUGUCAUUAUCUGGAUGGGCCUCAUAGCAUCACCCUGACUGGGAAACCCUGUAGCACGUAAUGUCAGCACUGGAACUGCCUGAGUCACUGUAAAAACUAAUUAGGUCUCAGUCAGAUCCAUCCAUGGCAAGCUUCUCUCCAUAUCCUGCACACACACACAAACACACACACCCAGCCACACACAUAUAUCCACUGUGGAGUUUACAUAAAGGAACACACACACUGCCAAAUUCACACAAGGGUGUUGCUGUUAGGAAAAUACACAAUGUUUCAAGUUACCACUAUAAAUACAGGCAUUUGAGGAUAGUGCUUUCCUCUUCCAUCUCAUCUUUUUGAGAUCAACAGACACCCCCCUCACCACUUAGUCAGGGACCUAAGCUAUGCUCUAUUAGACAUCUUACAGUUAUGGACUAAUAGACUUUAGGUUCCUUAAAGCAUAUCAGCUACUGACAGUAUCUACAUGUGAUUAUUGUAUUGAAUUAUGCAAACUAGGGCUGAGUAACCUAUUGCUUGACCAGAUUCCAUGGCAACACUGGCCUUUCUCUAGCAUUGGGUAUAUUUUCACUGUAACAUACAUUGUUCAAUUUAAUUAAGUUUAUGUUUAAAAAAAAAAAAGGGAGUUUCUCAGUAAUGCUGAGAAAUGAUUCUUACUGUAAGGAAAUCAUGUGCCUUUGUAACGGAUUCUUAAGAUG